AUGAUUCCUAAUGGAUAUUUGAUGUUUGAAGAUGAAAACUUCAUAGAGUCAUCUGUUGCCAAAUUAAAUGCCUUGCGUAAAAGUGGUCAGUUCUGUGAUGUUCGGCUUCAGGUAUGUGGACAUGAGACGUUGGCACAUAGAGCAGUCCUAGCUUGCUGCAGUCCCUACCUGUUCGAAAUCUUCAACAGUGAUAGUGAUUCUCAUGGAGUUUCUCAUGUUAAAUUUGAUGAUCUCAAUCCACAAGCUGUUGAAGUCUUACUAAAUUAUGCCUACACUGCUCAGUUGAAAGCUGAUAAAGAGCUAGUAAAAGAUGUAUACUCAGCAGCAAAGAAGCUGAAGAUGGAGAGAGUCAAGCAGGUUUGUGGUGAUUAUUUGCUCUCUAAGAUGGACAUUCAGAGCUGCAUCUCUUAUCGGAACUUUGCAAGUUGUAUGGGAGACUCACGUUUGUUGAACAAGAUUGAUGGUUACAUUCAGGAACAUUUGUUGCAGAUUUCAGAACAAGAGGAAUUUCUCAAGCUUCCACGGUUAAAGCUUGAAGUAAUGCUUGAAGACAAUGUUGGCUUGCCUAGCAAUGGCAAAUUAUACACAAAGGUAAUCAACUGGGUGCAGCGCAGCAUCUGGGAAAAUGGAGGCAGUCUGGAAGCUCUAAUGGAAGAGGUUCAAACGUUGUACUACUCAGCUGAUCACAAGCUGCUUGAUGGAAAUCUACUAGAUGGACAGGCUGAGGUGUAUGGCAGUGAUGAUGACCACAUUCAGUUUGUGCAGAAAAAGCAACCACGUGAGAACGAUCACAAGCAGAUAAGUAGCAGUUCCUCUGGAAGCCUUUCUUCUCCAAAUGCUACUGUACAGAGUCCUAAACAUGAAUGGAAAAUCAUUGCUUCUGAAAAGACUUCAAGUAAUACCUACCUGUGUCUUGCCGUUUUGGAUGGUGUGUUCUGUGUGAUUUUUCUUCAUGGACGUAACAGCCCUCAGAGCUCUCCAACUAGUACUCCACGACUGCUGAAGAGCAGGAGUUUUGAGAUUCAACCAGAUAACCUUAUAGAAAAGCCCCUGUCUCCAAUGCAGUAUGCUCGAUCUGGGUUGGGAACAGCAGAACUUAAUGGCAAGCUAAUAGCUGCAGGUGGCUAUAACAGAGAGGAAUGUCUGCGCACGGUAGAAUGCUAUGAUCCACGAAAGGACCGCUGGACUUUUAUUGCACCUAUGAGAACACCAAGAGCCCGAUUCCAGAUGGCAGUUCUAAUGGGACAGCUGUAUGUUGUAGGUGGGUCAAAUGGUCACUCCGAUGACUUGAGUUGUGGGGAAAUGUAUGAUCCAGAAAUAGAUGACUGGACUCCUGUUCCAGAACUGAGAACCAGUCGUUGCAAUGCAGGAGUAUGUGCUUUGAAUGGUAAGCUGUACGUUGUUGGUGGCUCAGAUCCUUAUGGCCGGAAGGGAUUGAAAAAUUGUGAUGUGUUUGAUCCUAUCACAAAAUCUUGGACAAGCUGUGCUCCACUUAACAUUCGUAGACAUCAGUCUGCAGUAUGUGAGCUAAGUGGAUAUUUGUAUAUAAUUGGAGGAGCAGAAUCCUGGAAUUGUCUGAACAGUGUAGAGCGUUACAAUUCAGAGAAUGACACCUGGACUCUGAUUGCACCUAUGAAUGUGGCUAGGCGUGGAGCUGGAGUGGCUGUUCAUGAUGGAAAACUCUUUGUUGGUGGAGGCUUUGAUGGUUCUCGUGCUGUCAGUUGUGUGGAGAUGUAUGACCCUGCUAAAAAUGAAUGGAAGAUGAUGGGAAACAUGACUACUCCAAGAAGCAAUGCUGGUAUUGCAGCUGUGGCAAACACCAUUUAUGCAGUUGGAGGAUUUGAUGGCAAUGAAUUCCUGAAUACAGUUGAAAUCUACAACCCAGAGUCAAAUGAAUGGAGCCCAUAUACAAAAACCUACAAAUUUUAACCACUUUAAGUGCCCCAGGCAAACUAACAGGCUUAGUGAUGUAAUUGUGUUUUUAGUAGACGUAUGUGUCAGGGUUGGGAGGGUAUAGAAGUUGCCAACAGCAACACAAAGCUUUUGCAUAUUGCAUACUAUUAAUGUGCUGUAUAUACUUUUUUUAAGAAAGAUGAAGGGUGUUUUGUGUAUUUUGGGAUUUUGUUACUUAGAUUUUGGAAAUUGAUAAUAUUGUAAGAGAAACUAAGAACUGUUUGGGCAUAUCAUUUCAAGAGCUUCCCCCAAUGUUUGUUUUGCCAAUUUGCACAUUUUUUUCCCCCUUAGAAUGUGUGUUUGGGGCAGGAAGAAUAGGGUUUUUGGUUAUAGGCAGUUGGUUUUUCACGCUCUCUUUCGGCCCCCCAGUAACUGGAACAGUCUGUAACAAGAAGCCUUAUUUAACACAUACAAUGCUUUUUUUAUUAUUAAAGUUGACAUGCCUGCCACUACUUAAUCUUUUAUGAUUGCCUUUUUAUAACUUUUUAUAUACUCAGCAGCAUAGUACCUGUUGAAAGUGGCAGAUAGUAGUUAUUGAGGCAGACAAUACCUUAGUGUUCCUAGAGAUGGGGUGGGAUAUUUAAUUUACCACUGUACAUAAGCAUCUAAGCUUUUGCCUCUGCUACACUAUUGUACUUUAGUAUGCAACACUGAUCAUUAAAUUUGAAUGGAGUUUCUGAACAUAACUGACUUAUUUAAAAUCAUUUUAGCUCCAAAUAUUUUGACACCUGUCAGAGGUGCUUCCUGUAGCGCAGUUUUGUUACCAAGGUUGAGCUAAUAUUUGUAAAACAUGAUGUAUUCAUGUUUAGAAUAUUACCAGUGGUGAUGAAAACAUUUCUUAAAAUGGUAUUUAUUUUUCUAAUAGUGCAAGCUGACAAAUGUGCUAGAAUAUGAACUGUACUUAAUUUGUUCCAUAAGUGCUUGGUAUUAUGUUUUGAUUCAUUUUCUCUAUUCAUAUGUAAUGUUGGCUGGGAUGACUUGGUGUCUAAUGUGUAGUGCUGCACAUCUAACUUCCUUGGUGCCAGACUUAGCACUUAAUGCUUGCUGCUGAUGCAAACACAUUAAAAAGGUACCUUUCAGGAAAUAGGA